CUGUUGGCUUUGCUUUUAUUAACAAAAAAAGGAAAAAAAGAGCCAAACGGAAGAACACGAACCUCUAGCUCGACCCUGAUUGGGUCGACUCCUGCUCAGUGCUUUGUCUUGUCUGAACUUUGAGAGAGACCAGUCCCUCCCCCACCCCAUUAAUCCAAAGCACGCGUUCAACUCGAAGACGAAGAACGAUAACUGGAAAUGGUGCUGUGGGUAUUUGGGUAUGGCUCUCUAAUUUGGAAAGCAGGCUUUCACUACGACGAUCGCCUCAUCGGUUUCAUCAAAGGUUAUCAUCGUGUAUUUUAUCAAGGUAGCACAGACCACAGAGGUACGCCAGAGUAUCCAGGUAGAACGGUGACAUUGGAACCUUGCGAUGGUGAAGUCUGUUGGGGAGUUGCAUACAAGGUUUCUGGGGAGGAGGAUGAGCAAAUUGCAUUGACUUAUCUUGAAGUGAGGGAGAAGCAAUAUGAUAUGCAGGUUUACCUUGACUUAUUCACUGAACCAGACGCUUCGACACCAGCGGUCUCUGGAAUACUGGUAUACAUAGCAUCACCAGACAAGAAGCUGAACAAGAAUUACUUGGGCCCUGCAUCAAUGGAAGAAAUGGCCAACCAAAUUGUCCAUGCAGAAGGCCCCUCAGGCCCCAACAGGGACUAUGUUUUCCAGCUUGAAAAGGCUCUUCUUAAGUUGGGAUGUGAAGAUAAGCAUGUCAUGGAGCUUGCAGAAACAGUUAGGCAAAAGCUUUCAGGGAGGGAGUUGACAAAUUCACAAGUAGAAUAGAUAAGAGUAGCAUUCUUGGGUUUCAGAAGUUGUUGGGUAAUCUUCAACAUUGAGAUGCUAUUGACAACAUUACAUGCUAGCUUGGUGAUGAUUCAAUUUUCAGCAGCUCGAAGCCUCAAAUUCUUCCUGUUCAUUAUGAUAAUCUUUGUUUUGGUUCAGUAUUUCAUGAUCAAAUUUACAAGAUCUGACAAACCCACAAUUGUGAAACAAACUCAAGCAUUUAUUAAAUAUGGUAACUAAGUUAAACUUCAUUGUCAAUCAAGAUAUUUCUGGAAAAAAAAAAAAUCACCUACUACUUUCUCUA